UUCGGGCGAGCGCGAGACAAUCGGCACAUUUAAAUGUCAGGAAAAUGAAACUGGUUUUGAAUGUUAUGCGCGUUAUUCGUAGGGAAUGAAAAUAUAUAAAAAUGAUACGGCGACAGCUGACCGAUCUGCAGAUUGUCAAAGUUUGACAGUUCGCCGUUGGCGUGCGGAUCUAGGUUAUGUUUCAAUAUUUUGACGUUAUGUCAUUGAAUGGGAUAUUUUUUUCGAUAUUUUGUUGUAAAAUAUGGGAUCAGAUUGCGAAAAGCUCGAUGUUGCUCUAUCUGGUUCGAGUUUUGGCUGCUUCUGUCAAAAUUGGUUAUUUAUAAACAAGGGGGCUCAUUCCCUUUUUCCGUUUGCUUUGGUUUUCGCGAUUUUUUUUUUUGGCGAUCGGCAGCUGUGCAGGGGCACGGAUCUGGAGGGCCUAGAUGUGUGGGCGGUCGCGGGGGUGGUUCGCGAAUUAGGGGCAACAAUAUGUUUGCAGACGUGGCGUGAGGAGAGAUCGGGGCCGGGGGAGCCGUGGCGAGAGAGUAUCGAUGGCCGCCGACCGAUCCAGGCUCUGUGGCCGAGGCAGGCCCGUAGACGGAGCGACGGCGGGGCCCAGGUCCCGGAUCCAGCCGCCCCCGGACAUGGAUUUAGGCCCCGUGAGCGAGACAUAUGAACUGCAUGAAAUUCGGUACUUACUUGAUUCCUAAC